AUGUCGACAAUAUCUCAACAACAAGGCAAAGUAACUCCACGUCGACGCAUACCUCCUAAGAAGCAAAAAAGAGCAGCUCCUCCGGUCGCUCCUAACUCUAGAACUACAGGUAGAGAAACAUCUCAAAUUUGGGAUCAUUUCUCCAAGUUUAUUGCUAAAGGAGGUAAAUGUAGGGCAAAAUGUAAUUAUUGUACUAAAACAUUUGCUGCCGACAGUGUCAAUGGGACAACUACGUUAUGGAAUCAUUUAACUGUGAAAUGUCUCAAGUCUCCAUUUAAGUCCGAUAAGUGGCAAACAACAUUAAAACCUAUCAAAAGAGGUUGGCCAGAAGGUGGUUCCAUUGAAAAAAGAGUGUUUAAUAUGGAUGAAAUUAAGAGAGCAAUUACCGAAUUUAUAAUUAUUGAUGAACAACCAUUUAGAGCUAUUGAGGGAGAAGGAUUCAAAAAAUUAAUGGCUAAAUCCUUUCCAAAUUUUGAUGUACCUUCUCGUGUAACUGUUGCUCGACAUUGUCUAAGGAUUUAUCAAGAAGAGAAAGAAAAGCUUAAGGAGCUUAUAAAAAACCAACGUGUUUGUCUUACCAGUUGGGGCAUUGAGAACUUGUUUACAGUGACCUUGGAUAAUGCAACCGCAAAUGAUGCUGCCAUUAAGAGUUUAAAGAGGCGUAUUGAAGAUUGGAAAGGGGUAAUGUUUGAAAAUCAAUUUUUACAUGUUAGAUGUAAUGCUCAUAUUUUAAACUUGAUUGUAAAAGAGGGGCUGGAUGAACAAAUUGAGCCUGUUUCUCAUAUAAGAAGUGCUAUAAAAUAUGUCAGGUCUUCUUCUUCAAGAUUUGCUACUUUUAAGUCCGUUGUUGAGAAAGUUAAGAUUGACACUCGUGGUCUUGUAAGUCUGGAUAUUGAGACUAGAUGGAACUCGACAUACACAAUGUUGGAUAAAGCUUUGAAAUUUGAAAAAACUUUUACAAGAAUGUAUGUGGAUGACCAGAAUUAUCAAAAGCAAUGUCGAGAAAUAAGUACAACAACAAAAAAUCCAUCAACAGAUGAUUGGAAGAAUGUGAAAGCUUUUGUGAAGGUUCUUAAUAUUUUCUAUCAGUCAGCUUUUAGUACAGGUGGUCAAAUUCUUGAUAGUUAUCGAAGUUCUUUAUCUCCAAAAAUGAUAGAAGUGCUUAUUUGCACUCAACAAUGGCUACGAUCACCUUCUAAAGAAUGCAAGCUUGAAGAUGUAUUAGAGGAAGUCCAGAAAAUUGAUGAAAUUGAAGAAGUUCUUUCAGAAUACCCCGACUCACCUUUGAGGAUUGAUUAG